AUUCAUCUGUGUUGUGUGUAGCCAGGAGCUCACUCUUUUCUUUUUUGCAGUGUAGAAUAACACAUUCACUGAGCACUUAUCACUGUUCUAAAAACUUGACAUGUAUUGAUUCCUGUAAACCUCCCAACUCCAUGAGGUUUUAAGAUAAAGAAUUGGAGACACAGAAAGGUUAGGGAGCUUGCCCAGGAUUACCCAGCCAGCUGAUAGCCGAGCCAGGGUUCAAGUGCAGGCAGUCGGGUUCUGGAGCCGAAGUUCAUAACACCACACCAGGCAGCCUCCUUGAUGCCUACCCGGCCUGUGCCUGGCCUGGUGUGGAUUAAAGGGAUUUAUGUGAACUUCCAGGCUUGUGUGCCUGGGUGUAGAUGGAGUGGGGGGAAGCAGUUGAGGAUGAUGCAGGUUUCUGGCUUGAGUAACUGGGUGGGUGGCGGUGCUGUUACUAAGAUAGGGAACACAGGAAGAGGAACAGAUGGCACGGGGUGGGGGGUGGGGAACAGACAAGGGGUUCAGUUUGGGGCCUGUGGAAUUUUAUGUUUCUAAGGGAUGGCCAGGCAGAGAUAUCAAGGGGGCCAUUGGCCCUGGGGGGUCUUAGGUUUGGGAGUGUGAUGAAGGAGGCAUUCGGGACCCUGUAGACAACAUCUGGAAUUUGGGAAAGGAUGGGGUCUCCCUGCAGAACUGUGAUGGGGACAGGGUAUGUGGGUGUUUGUUCAUGUGUGUUUCUGUGUGCUCCGUGCAUGUGUUCAUAUGUGUGCAUGCCCACCUCUGGGUCAUGAGUCCCCCAUCUCCUGGGAGGGCCUGCAGGUCAGCUGGGAGCUGGGUUGUUUUUGUUUGUGGUUUGACCCUGGGAGGAGGGUGCCAAGCCUGAGAAACUACCCGCUGAGAAGCCCCCGGAAACAUCUGUGAGUCCUCUUCCCCCAGGCCCAGGGUGGGGGAUUGGCCAGGGAGGGAGAUUUUCUUGUUUCUCUCAUGCCUGCCUGGGGGAGGCUGCCCCUGGGAUGAAUUUUAUCCAGUUAGGAGGUUGACAGCCCGCCCUCCAGGAUUCAGGGACACAAUGAGAGGCUUGGGAGAAAGGGAAGGGGUGUUAAGAAGGGACACCUGAGAAGAGGAGACCAAGACAGCCUUCUGGUUGGUUUUUCCUGUUCUCAUUUCCUGUGAUGGCAGUGGGGGAGGGUUCCCCAGCACUGGGGCCUCGGCUUGGCUUCAUUUCCCUUCCUUCUGGUGACCUCCUGGGGGCCAGCCCUGAGUGCAGCAGGACGGAGCAACAGAGACAAGGCUGUCUGCCCCAGACUCUGGAGCACCCCUGCGCCACCAUGACUGGGCUGCUGAAGAGGAAAUUUGACCAGCUGGAUGAGGACGACUCCUCGUUCUGCUCUUCCUCUUCCUCUUCCACCUGCCACUCUCGCUCCUGCUCCCCGAGCUCUUCCGUCUCCCCUGCCUGGGACUCAGACGAGGAGGGCCUCAGGGAUCAGACCCCCCUGCCUGACCAUGACUUCUGUGGCCCCCGUAGUUUCACCCCCCUGUCCAUCUUGAAGCGGGCUCCCCGGGAGCGCCCAGGCCGAGUAGCCUUUGAUGGCAUCACCGUCUUCUACUUCCCCCGGUGCCAGGGCUUCACCAGCGUGCCCAGCCGUGGUGGCUGCACUCUGGGCAUGGCCCCUCGCCACAGUGCUCGUCGCCACUUCUCCUUGGCCGAAUUUACGCAGGAGCAAGCCCGGGCACGACGCGAGAAGCUCCGCCAGCGCUUGAAGGAGGAGAAGCUGGAGAUGCUGCAAUGGAAGCUGUCGGCCGCCGGGGUAGCCAAGGCGGAGGCAGGCCCACCUCUUGAGGUGGAUGCCAUUGAUGAUGCCUCUGUGGAAGAGGACUUGGCAGUGGCCGUGGCAGGAGGCCGGUUGGAGGAAGUCAACUUCCUACAGCCCUACCCAGCCCGGCGACGACGGGCUCUACUGCGGGCUGCGGGCAUUCGAAGGAUCGAUCGGGAGGAGAAGCGGGAGCUGCAGGCACUGCGCCAAUCCCGGGAGGACUGUGGCUGUCACUGCGAUAGGGUCUGUGACCCUGAGACCUGCAGCUGCAGCCUGGCGGGCAUCAAGUGCCAGAUGGACCACACAGCAUUCCCCUGUGGCUGCUGCAAGGAGGGCUGUGAGAACCCCAAGGGCCGUGUGGAAUUUAAUCAGGCACGAGUUCAGACCCAUUUCAUCCAUACACUCACCCGCCUGCAGCUGGAGCAGGGGGCCGAGAGCCUUGGGGAGCUGGAGAGCCCCACCCAGGGCAACCCACCAAGCCCUGGGGAGCAGACCUCGGUCCCCACUUUCCCACUGGCCAAGCCCCCUGUGAACAGUGAGUUGGGAGACAACAGCUGCAGCAGCUACAUGACCGAUUCCUCCACAGCAUCUUCCUCAGCAUCGGGCACUAGCGAGGCCCCCGACUGCCCCACUCACCCAGGCCUGCCUGGUCCUGGUUUCCAGCCUGGUAUGGAUGAUGACAGCCUGGCGCGGAUCCUGAGUUUCAGUGACUCUGACCUCGGCGGGGAAGAGGAGGAGAAGGAGGAAGUGGGUAUGGCAAACCUGGACAACUUUGGCUGCUUCCACCCAGCUGACAUCUUUGGUACUGGUGACCCUGGUGGCCUGACCAGCUGGACCCACAGCUAUUCUGGCUCUAGCCUCACGUCAGGGAUCCUGGAUGAAAACGCCAACCUGGAUGCCAGCUGCUUCCUAAACGGUAGCCGUGAAGGGUCGAGAGAAGGCAGCCUUCCUGGCACCUCAGUGCCGCUCAGUGUGGACGCUGGCCAGAGCAGCUCAGCGGAUCUCAGCUUGUCUUCCUGUGACUCCUUUGAGUUGCUCCAGGCUCUGCCAGAUUAUAGUCUGGGGCCUCACUACACCUCCCAGAAGGUGUCUGACAGCCUGGACAACUUCGAGUCACCCCACUUCCCUUUGCCCGGCCUCUCUCCACCUGGGGACGUCAGCACUUGCUUCCUGGAGACCCUCAUGGGCUUAGCUGAGCCAGCUGCUGAAGCCCUGGCUCCCUUUAUCGACAGCCAGUUUGAGGACCCUGCUCCAGCAUCUCUCAUGGAGCCUAUGCUGGUCUGAGGACUAGAAUGCCUUUUCCCAGCCCCAAAAGCCCUGUUGCUGCUUUUUUGUAAUUCUGGGGCUCCCCAAAGUCUGUAUGUAACAGUCUCCCAUUGGCUGGCUCACCCAUGGGUGCCAUGUGCACACUCCAGGUUUUCAUGCAACACUCUGGAUUUAUUUAUUUAUUUUUUUUAACUUUUCUGUGCUAAAGAGAGGGUGGGGAGGGGGGUUCCCCUUUCAGCUGCCCAGCCCCCCAUGCCCUUCAUUGAUCUUCCACCUCCACAACACGAGCCAGGACGAGGAGAAAACGUGGCUCCCCUGGAGCUCGGCAGACCACUUUUUGGUCAUUGUAUGAUGUUCCUUAGCCAAAGAUGGUGAGACAGGGCUGAAAUCAGGUGGCUUCUCCUGCCACCUUGAGCCCUAGACCCAUGGGUGGCUAAAUCCUCUGGACUGUGAAGACUUAAUUUAUUUCCAUAAUUUAUUUGGAGACUGAGGCGGCUUUGGCUACUCCUCUGUGGCUGGUGGGCAGUGCUGGGGGUGGUGUGGGCACAGACCCUUGUGAAUCCCCUUUGCCUUGUCCUGCCCCCUGCCCUGCCUGAGCUUUGGUGGAGACCAGGUCUGGAUUUGAGCCCUGUGAUCUACUGUGUCAACUACCUGGCUCCUGGAUGGCUGAGCAGGUGGGGGCUAGUCAAGAACACCGUCUGGGCAAGGGGAGGGGCUGGGCUGACCAGCUGUGACCAAAACUCCCUUCUGUCCCACCAGCCCCCUCUACUUCCUGCCUCUGCCCAUCUUCUCCUCCCCAGGGGCCACAGCCUUUAUUCCAGGCCCAUUUAUGUAGGAGGGGGAAGGGAGAAGUUGAAGGCCCAGAGAGGGCAAGGGGUUUACCUCGGAGCACAAAGCAUGCCCCAGACUACUUAUCUCAGGGCUUUCUGGGCACUGCACUCCAGUCUGGCACACCUGCCCGUGCCCUGAGGCCAGUUGGUGAGGGGUGGCUCCUUAGGGCUUUUGUUUGCUGAUACUGAAUUUUGCAUCAUAAUUUCUAUAUUGUCCCUAAGUGUCAGAACUAUAAUUUAUUCAUUUUUCCCUGUGUCUGUGCCAAGAAACCCAGGCUCUAGACAUGCCCCCUUGCCUAGGAGGCCUUGCCAGCCUGCAUGCUUGUGGGAACACCUUGUACCUGAGCUUACAGGUACCAAUAAAGAGGCUCUAUUUUUAA